UGAUCGAGUAACGUGCUUUUUCUACGAUGGGGAUGGUAUAAUUCCUGAGCAACAUACUUGCUAACGUAAAAGUACAGUAGUCAAGGCUGUCGUCCACUAAGCUUCGUAGCCAUAAUAAAUUUCCUUUCAGUUAAUAGCCGUUAAUGUUGGUGAACAAGAUGGCGCUUCGCACGCAAAUUGAGAUCAACGCACCCGUGGAGCGAGUGUGGGCAGUCAUGGGUAACCUCACCAAAUGGAACACCUUUAAUACAUUCCUCGACAUACAACAAGUGCCUGACAAGCUGGCGCCCGGACAACCCCUCAAGGUCGCCCUCAAGCCGCCCAGCGCCUCUCGAGCCACUGUCAUGACGCCCCAGGUUGUGUCCUACCAGGAGGGCAGCGAGCUGCGGUGGCGCGGCAAGCUGCUGGGCAUCAACCUGCUGUUCGUGGGUGAGCACUUCUUCCGGCUGCGGCAGCUGGGGCCCGACAGGACGCUGCUGGAGCAUGGUGAGGACUUCCGCGGCUGCCUGGUUCCGCUGCUGGGCGGUGUGCUGCGCGACACGGAGAAGGGCUUCCAGGAGUUCAACACCGGCCUCAAGCGGGCAGUGGAGGGGCAGCGGUGAGAGAGGGGUAAAGCUGGUUAUGAGGUAGACUAACUAACUAUCCGUACCAUGAGGCGGUGAGGGGACCAGUCGGCAUGAGCAGUGAGGGGUGUCAGUGUGGACGGAGGGGUUGUCUGGGUUGCAUGGGUAAAGAGGAAACAACUUAACUGACUGAGGUUGCAUGGGUGGUGGGCAGGCCGUGUGAGUUGGCUCGCAUGUGCUUCUUUAGUGCUUCUUGGUUUAGAGUGCAUUGAUCACUGUACUGCACUGAGCACUGCAUGAGCGAAGAAACGAACGAACGAGUUGUUACAGCUGUUAUAGCAUUGUUGGGGGGCCCCGUUGGGUGUUUGUGUUGUUAAGUGUUGGUUGCAUGUAGUAGUGGGCUGUUGUUGCUGGUUGGCUAAUCGUUGCGUGAUCCUUCAUUUGAACCGAAGACGCUCUCACUUAUUCCGCCAGUCUUAUAUACACUGAUGCACUGUUGCACUGUUGCUGCUGCUGUGCAGGGGCCAUGCAUACCUUUUUCGCAUUUAGGCACCUGCAUUGACGUGGCGGAUAUUGCACCACAUGUCGGUAUUCCCCCCCGAUUCAUGACGUGACCCCCCCCCUCGAUCAGCAUCACA